AUGGCUGGUGAGGUUGGUGAAUUGUUUUCUCCUUUUGAAGUUACAAGAUCGUUAAGAGAUAUCUCACCGGCGGACUAUAUAUUCAAAAUAGAAUCUUUCUCAGUACUUCUGGGAGCACUAGAGAAAUAUGAAUCAAAAGUUUUUAAAGCCGGCGGUUAUGAAUGGAAGUUGUCUCUCUAUCCAGGUGGGAAUAAGAAUAGAGAUGUGAAAGAUCACGUCUCACUCUACCUGCAAUUAGCUAAUACAACAAAAUUUCGUGGUGAUUGGGAGGUUAAUGUGAAAUUCACAUUAUUUGUCUUUGAUCAUAUAUGUGACAAGUACUUAGCCACUGAAGAUGUUGGACAAGUAAGGCGCUUCCAUAGCAUGAAGACGGAAUGGGGUUUUGAUCAAUUUCUUUCACUGGAUGCAUUCAAUAAUCGUUCGAACGGGUACCUUGUAAAUGAUUGUUGUGUAUUCGGAGCCGAGGUUUUUGUUAUUAAAUAUGCAGGCAAAGGGGAGUGUCUUUCCAUGAAAAAGGAACUACAAGCCCAGUAUUGUCACGCUUUCAAGGAAGAUGAUGACCUAUCCCAAUGGAAACAGUAG